ACACAACCGACUGACUCUGCGUCAGUGUUGGGAGAUUUUUGGAAAUGUCUUCGUUCAUUAUACGAGUAACGACGGGCCUUAAAUGGGGCGCGGCGACUAACACGAAGGUGAAAAUUCGUCUCUAUGACAGUGAGGGUAUGAAGACGCGAUGGAUAGAUCUAGAUGUCGGCGAAUUCAAUGCUCUAGAAAUCGUGAAUCUUUUGGAAAUGCCCAUUGGGAAGAAGAUUGAGAAAAUUGAGUUAGAAAGGGACGCGUUUUGGUUUCGGACCCCGGGCUGGUACGCUCAACACGUGGAGGUCGAGUCCGUUGAGACGAAUGAUGUGUACUUCUUCCCAAUCCACCGUUGGAUCAUUCAGGGUCGCUUCUACACGUUCAAACAGUACGACACCGUGCUUCCGCAGGGGGAUGAUCAUAAAGAGCAGAGGCACGAAGAACUCGAGGAGAAGAGGAAACACUAUGAAUAUAUGCAGCCGGCACCAGGAUACCCCGUUGUGGUCAAGACGAUCCCCGACGAGGAAAAGUGGAAACUGGAUACAGAGUCACACAUUCGCACAAGAGCAUUGAAACUGAGCAUCGAGAAAUGGUUCACCAAGAUCAACACGGUGUUUCACUCCUGGACCACCAUCAAGGACAUCGAGCAGAUCUACGAAUCGGUUAGCUGGGGCGUCUUCUCCAAACCGAAGCACGUCAUUGACAAGUGGAGCGAUGACAAAUGGUUUGGUGCUCAGAGGUUGUGUGGAGUACAUCCAUUCCUCAUAGAGCAAUGCACGGAGAUACCGGAUAACCUUGGCGUCACGGAGGAGGAUGUGAAAAUCUACCUUGGUGAUGAUGACAUGACCCUAGAGAAAGCAAUUGAGAAGAAGAGGCUUUACAUAGUUGACCUGAAGAAGAAUGAGGAGAUUGGGGUUCAGAACGAUCUGAAGCCGUAUGGACCGAUAGCCCUCUUUUUCGUGAACGACGACAAAGACCUAAUGCCCAUUGCCAUUCAGCUACAUCAGGAGAAAGGUGAUGACAAUCCGGUGUUCUACCCGAACGACGAUGAAAAUCUGUGGACCAUUGCAAAAAUGUGGUUCAAUAUGGCGGAUGGGUCUUAUCAUCAAAGCGUCACCCAUUUUGCCACAUGCCAUAUGGUCGUGGAAGGAAUAGCCGUAUGCACCCACCGUAACCUCUCACCAUCCCACCCUGUCUACAAACUCCUGAUGCCACAUUUCCAAGGCACCAUGGCAAUCAACAAUUUGCUUAUUCACGGUUCACAUGACCUCGUAAACGAGAGCAGCCGCAUUCAGAGCAAGGGUAUGAAUAUCCUGACAGGAAAAGGAUUCAAAGAUUUUCAACUUGAUAUUCACGCUGAUCUUGUGAACGACCUGAAGAAAAGAGGGGUUGAUGAUGAGGAUAACCUUCCUAACUACCAUUACCGAGACGAUGCCCUCCUGCUCUGGUUCGCAAUCCUCAAGUAUGCCGAGAAGAUCAUCAAGCACUUUUAUGAUGACGACGAUAUGGUUGUAGGUGACACGGAGAUACAGCAGUGGGGCGGAGAACUCACCAAGCCUUACCCAGAAGGAUUGGAGUUGAAGGGUGUUGUCGGUGACGGAAAAUUCAAAACUAGAGAUGAGGUGAUCGUUGUGUGCCUUGAAGUCAUUUAUACAGCAAGCGUCAAGCACUGCGCCAGCCACUAUCCAAGUUACGAUGCGUAUGCUUGGUCGCCAAAUCGCCCGGCUUGGCUAAGAGGAGCGCCUCCAAAGAAUAAGAACCCAUUGACGAAAGCUUGUGUUAUGAACACCCUACCCACGAAAGAUUCUAUGCUGGCGACCAUGCAGUCAGUGUGUGGCGAGCAAGCUGACGACAACAGCCUUGGACAUUUCCUCAUCACCUACUUUCAUAGUCCAGACGCGAAAGAUAUACACAAAGAGUUGCUCCAAGAUCUGAAGGAGAUCAGCGAAAAGAUAAAAGAGAGAAACGACUACAGAAAAUACAAAUAUGAGUGGUUGGAUCCAGAGCAUGUUCCCAACUCUAUCUACGUCUAGAGGCCCGGUGAAUGAGAAAUACGAGCGGCUGAAUCCAGAGCAUGUUUUGGCAACUUCAUCUACGUCUAGAGGCCCGAUGAAUUACAAAUACGGGCGUUGGAUCCAGAGCAUGUUUUAGUAGCUUCAGCUAGGCCCUAUGAAUUACAAACACAAGCGGCUGGAUCAAGAGCAUGUUUUGGCAACUUCAUCUACGUCUAGAGGUCCGAUGAAUUACAAAUACGGGUGGUUGGAUCAAGAGCAUGUUUUGGCAACCUCAUCUACGUCUGGAGGUCCGAUGAAUUACAAAUACGAGCGGUUGGAUCCGGAGCAUGUUUAGGCAACUCUAUCUACGUCUAGAGGUCCGAUGAAUUACAAACACGAGCGGUUGGAUCCGGAGCAUGUUUCGGCAACUCCAUCUGCGUCUAGAGCCCGAUGAGAAUUAUCAAAAUGAGUGGUUGGCAACUCCACAAGGGUAGAAUUCGGGAAAUGUUACUAGACUAUUCAAAUGUUAACCUAUCAAACGUUGAUCUUCGCACUCUGGGGCGGGUAGGGUAAUAGGCACAUUAGAAAUAUGUGAUUGGAUUAACCCUCAAAGCAUCAAGAUUUCUUAUUACGAUUGUUGGGAUAUCGCGCCAGCAUCUAAAUCAAUAAAACUAUUAAACAAGUCUCUUCUGAACACUGAAAGCCUUCACAAAAAGAUUUGCGCUUCUCAACCAUGGUGUAGGUCCCGCGAGCUUUGAUAAUAGCUGGUUAGAGCGCUUUUGCAUUAUGCGGUUUGGGUAAGAGGGUUUGGUUUUUUGUAUAUCAAGAACUAAUAAUGAUCAGUCUUUAUCAAUUCUUGCGUACGUGUGAUUGUACAUAGUAUUUCGACAUUAUUGUAUACAGGGGUUUAUGGAAAAUUACGUUGCUCAAGAAAGAACGUCUCUGUCGUCUUCGUUUAAUAGGUGCUUUACAAAAUGUUAGAAUGCGCUGAUGGUUGUAGAUAAAUUUAAAUAUUGUAUACAUUGACCUUCUUCCCGAACCUUCUUCAAAUGACCGACGUGUAAAUAAAGUAAAAGUUAGUGUAAUCUGAAUUACUAAAUUUCCACUGGAGCCAAAGCUACAUGUGGUUUGCCGCCGCUGCGACGACAAAAGCAGGAAUCGGCCUGAAGCCCAAUGGGAAAACAGGGAGGCCGCGAACUGCAUGUGGUAUUGAGGAAUGGGAAUGUCCAUUAGUAUCAGGUUAUCGUUGCAAAGGUAUAUAAUUUGCGAUAAAUGGGACAGAUCAGUAAAAGGUUUAGAAAAUAUAUCUUAUCAUUAAAAUUUAUGUCAAAUAAAUCUUACAUGUAGAUAAA